AUGGGUCCCAAGGCCGUGCAGUACAUGCACCAGCUGGAUCAUGCCCGCUGUGAUGGCAACUGGGAUGUAGUCCCCGAGCUUGUUCGCAAGGUCCGCAAGCACGCUCCUGACAGAGCCUGUCUUGCUCUGACCGCCGAAACGGAAUGCGCUAUCGCUAAGACGACGACUGCUGCCGCCGCCGCUGCUGGCAACCAUAACCGACCGACCACCACUGCGAACACGAGCCAUAUUGACCUCGCGGCCCAGUUGCCGAAGCUGCUGGAGGCGAUUGAGGAAGAGACGUUGCACCUGACCGACAAAUUCCAAGCUCAGGUGUGUGCGGGAUGGCUGCACUGGGUCAACGGGGAGUACAGCCUCUGCACCAGCCAACUGCCCGAGAGUCUCAAGGUGGAAGAUGGCGAGCCCAACCCCACCGAAAGGGCUGCCGAAUGGACGAGCGUCUGCGCUCUCAAGGCAUCGUAUCUCAAGGCUAAUUGCCUUGCGCGCGGCGGCGAGAUUAAGCAGGCCUUGGACGCCUUCCGGGCUGGACUCCCAUCGCUUGCACGAGUGUGGGCAGAGCAGGGGAUGGGAAGACAGCUCCGAUAUUGGUCUGAGCUGUUCCUCACAGAGUACUGCAUGCUCUCCAGCCAGGGCUUCCAGAGCAGCGAUUCACCACUGGGCGAGAACGACUCCCUCGCCUGCUAUCGCUCCUGGGCAAGGUUCUGGGACACCCUGGCUAUGCCCGUUACCGGAGGAUACGGCUUCAAGGGUUCAGUGCCUCGGCGGAGAGUGUGGAAUGAGUACUACAUCGCUCUCUCUCAGAUUGUCGAGUUCGACCUGCCCUACCCGACUGGAUUUGUGAAUAACACAGCUGGCGACCUAUCUCCUCGAAGUCAGUUGCGGGUGGAGCUCAAGCAUGCCGAAUCGACCUACCAGACCCUCUUACUCGGCGAAACAUCCUUUCCCAGAGCUGAUGAAGAGCGUGAAGAAGUCGAGGGCUUUGUUGGCCAGGUGCUUCGAAACUGGUCUCUUCUCUGUGGACGAGGAUGGAGAGAAGAAGAUCUUGGACCUGGUGGUCGAAAUAGCUUGAGCCGCGGAGUUCUCGAUACCCUCUACAGCGCUGCGAUGAAGACGUACCACUCGACAGCUAUCCUGCGCUCACUCUUCCUCGUUCAUCUUUCAGUCGCCGAGUUCGAUCUAGCCUUCAAGGCCUUUGACUCUUACUUGGAGAUUGUCAAGAAGGGCAAGGCCCGUGUUGACAAGACCGGGCACCUCGAGCCUAGCCUGGACGAUGAUGCUACAGUUCUUGAGACAAUUUCGCAGUGCAUCAUCGCCCUCUGCCGAUAUGGCCAGCGGACUGCUGCGGAAAAGGCCCGCCAACUUGGGUCUGAGCUGGAGGACUGGCUGUUCAAACUGCCACAGCUCAACUCUUCAGACACUGCCACGCCAAUGAUUUCUGAGUACGAUGAGUUCAACUCUUCGCACCCUCCUGUGCCACCACAUACCAUCGCCCUGGCAUGGCAGGCCAUCGGCUUGUCUCAAGCCCACUGGUCGAGAGUCACCUAUGAAGCAGCCUCCAGAACCGAGAUCCAGCAAAAGGCCAUCCGAUCACUCCGAAAGUCCCUCGCGGUAGAGUAUGGGCGCUCAAAAGACAUCAGGAGUUUCUUUGCCCUCGGUCUGCUCUUGGCCGAGCGAAGAGAGCUAACUGCUGCCAUCGAGACAGUAAGAACAGCCUUGACUGUUGGCAAAGAUCAAGAAGAGAAUUACGACCUGGUCUAUGGGCCAUACUGGCAAGAACGGUCCCUUAUCCCCGUGUGGCACCUCUUGGCUCUUCUCCUGAGCGCGAGGCAAGAUUACCAUCUGGCGGCAAGGGCCUGUGAAGGUGCCCUGGAACAGUUCAAGGAUCCCUCUAUCCUGUUCGGAAAGACAGAUCAGACGUUUAGGAGCGAACAUCUCAACGAAGCUGAAAAGGAUUCCACAGCGGAUGGUCGACGAGGCUUGGUCGAUGAUAUGGAUGACUCGGAGAAGGAGAGCAUCCUCGAGGUCAAGAUGACACAACUCGCCCUGGUUGAGCUUCUUGAAGGACCCGAAGUGGCUGUCAAUGCCAGUUUCGAGCUGCUGACCCUCUUCACGAGACUGUUUGGCAACGUCGCGGCCCAACCUGCUUUGAGCCCUCCCAAGGCAAUUGAGCCGCCAAAGACCUCGGGCACACUCAGGAGUAUUAGAGGAACCAUCUUUGGGGGCAAUGAUAGGUCUAGGCCGCCUACGAGGCAGGUCUAUACUUCCAUGUCCAGCGAACGGACCUCGAGGCCGCAGACUGCUCAGACAAUGCGCAGCAGCGCACCGACGAUCCAAGUGACAGGGGAGAACGGGCCCCUGACAGAUGCCCGGCCACGAACUUCAGCGUCUUCUGUCCGUCGAAAUAGGAGCGCCACGGGCAGAAGCAACAGUCUCAAGAAGCGGGAUCGCAGCAUGAGCCGACCGAGAUCCUCUAGUAUCGGAGCCGUCUCUCAUGGCGCUACCGUUGUUGAUGGCGACGUCUUCUUCACCCCAGGUGGUGCUGGUGCUGAUGAUAGCGAGCAGACUGAUUUCUUCACCUUCUCUAGCAAGCGGCAACCUGCGUCGAGGCGCUCGUCCUAUAGACAGUCACGACCCCCGCCAAAUCUGAACUCGUACCUCUCGACUCAGUCAAAGUCCACCGACUACUCUGAGCUGUCUGUCGACAACGCCUACUCCUCAACAUGCGUUCUGCCCCUGAUCCAGUUCCCCAAGGACAAGGAGAGGGCACAGAGAGUGACGAUUCUUAUCAGAGUCUGGCUGAUGAUUGCUGGCUUCUACCGUAGAGCUGGUAUGAAGGAGGAUUGCAAGGGAGCUGCCACUGAAGCUCAACGGCUCAUUCAGAGCCUCGAGGCUGAUCUAGCUCGGGACCCUUCGGGCUCGAGCGGUCUGAAGGGCCCCGGUUGGGCCGAUAAGAAGAGUAUCGAGGACCUGUGGAGUGAUUACUGGGCCGAGCUGGGGCAACUUUCUCUUGCAAAGGGAGCUCCUUACGCAGCCCGCAGUGACUUUGAGACAUCGUUAACGCACGCGCCCAACCAUCCUGGUGCCAUCGUCGGCCUCUCCAACAUCCUUCUCGACAUCUACAGCGAGGCUAUCCUCCCCCCAGUCCCCGUUCCCGCUCUGGAGGACACCCUCCUGCACCUCAGUCUCUCAACCCCCAAAGCAAGCCAACAACAUCCUCACACCGUCACCGACCUCCCCUCAACUCCCCUCGGUCUCGGUCCCUCAGAUCCCGAGUCCCCCGCCGUCCACCACACCGACCUAGACGACGACGAGCUCCCCGCCGCCUACAAGGCCACCCGCCUACCUGUCGUAGACCGCCUCGCGGCUCGUGACCGAGCAUACGCCCUCCUCUCGACCCUCACCAAGCUCGGCUCCAGCUGGAACUCUUCCGAGGCCUGGUUCACCCUCGCCCGCGCCCACGAGGAGAGCGGCCAGCUCGACAAGGCCAAGGAGGUUCUCUGGUGGUGCGUCGAGCUCGAGGAGGGUUCCGGCGUUCGGGAUUGGCGCUGCCUGUCUGGUGGCGGCUACAUCAUCUAG